GUUUUUUUAUGUCCCCUGUCUCCUAAAUCUUGAGUGAUUGAGGCCUUAGGGUAUUAAUCUUUACGAUGAGCUCGAACACCUCUAACUCUAAAUGCUCAGUUCAUCAACUGGGGAACAUAGAUGAGAAUGCUUAUGUAGAUUGGCCUGCAUCAUCUUGUGUCCAGCCUGAUACUCCAACUGAAUCUAUGGAGUUCCUUGCUAGAUCAUGGAGUCUUUCAGCCAUGGAACUCUCAAAAGCACUACACAGCACCAAUAUUACAACUUCCACUGGUAUUGAGAUGCCACUUUCAUGUCCUUCUGGUAACCAAUUAUGUCCCAAUGGUUCCACUGCUUCAAAGGAUUCUCAGUUAUCUAACGGGUGUUGCCCUCCGAUUUUGCCAAAAGAUUGUGACGAAACGAAGCUUUACAGGAGCUUGCUAAGAGGGAGGACAAUGGGUAGGUGGUUGAAAGAUCAAAAGGAGAGGAAAAAGCAGGAAAUUAGGAGCCAUAAUGCACAGUUGCAUGCUGCAGUAUCUGUGGCAGGUGUAGCUGCCGCUAUUGCAGCAGUUGCAGCUUCAACAGCAUCAUCUGAAAUGCCUAAUGUCAACCAAAAGAAUCCUCCAAUGGCUUCUGCAGCAAUUGCAUCUGCAGCAGCUUUAGUAGCCUCUCACUGCAUUGAGAUUGCAGAAGAUAUGGGAGCUGAACACGCCCAAAUCAUAGCAGUAGUCCACUCUGCCAUUAAUGCAAAAACCAAUGGAGAUAUAAUGACUCUAACAGCUGGAGCCGCCACAGCCUUGCGAGGAGCUGCUACUCUAAAGGCAAGGCUGCAGAAGGGGCUUGGAACCACUACAAUUCCUCUGGUUGAGGAAAAGUGUGAUGAAGGCAAAGAAGCAAACAUCUUGACAGCACUGGACUGUGUCUUUAGAGGAGGAGAACUUCUCAAACGUACUAGAAAAGGAGUUCUUCACUGGAAGCAAGUGUCUUUCAAUAUAAAUUCAUAUUUGCAGGUUGUAGCCAAAAUGAAAAGCAAGCAUAUGGCAGGAACAUUCACGAAAACGAAGAAAUAUAUAGUCACUGGAGUUUGCAGUGAUAUCCCAGCUUGGCCCGGAAGGGAGAAGGAAGACAUCAGUGAAAACAGGGCAUAUUUUGGAAUAAAAACAGCAGACAGGAUAAUAGAAUUUGAAUGUGAAAGUAAAGGAUACAAACAGUUCUGGCUUGAGGGGAUCCAAUAUAUGUUGAAUUGCCGUGCCCAAGUAACAUAAU